GUUCUCGUCAACUCUGAUAUUCUAAGAAUAAAGUUAACCCUUUCCCCAUGGUCAUGUCUUAGACUCUUAGUCUACUUGAAAUCUUAAAUUUAACUAUAUUGCUUUUGAAGAGCUGAUUUAGAGUUUCGUUGAAAAUCCUCCCAUGCCACCUGUUAUACAAUAUUAUAAGGUCAGUUUAUUCUCUUCUGUCUAUACAGUCUCAGAACCUAGUCUAUCUGGACUCCUACUUUUCCACCAUUCCUUAACCACAUUGGUGGUUGCAAGUUGCAACUGCCAAUGGCUUUUACUGUACGUUUGUUUUUGCUUUCUUCAUUGCUUCUGCUACCAACUUAUGUGCUUGCACAAACUAAUGGUAGCAUAGCUGUGGGUGCUUCUCUCUCCACAGCAGGUAACUCCUCAUGGCUUUCUCCCUCGGGUGAUUUUGCCUUUGGGUUUCGGCAACUUGAAAACAAUGAUCUUUUCUUGCUUUCUAUAUGGUUUGCCAAGAUACCAGACAAAACCAUAGUUUGGUAUGCAAAUGGGGAUAAGCCUGCACCUAAUGGUUCAGUUGUGAAUUUGACUGCUAACAGUGGGCUAGUUCUUACAAGUCCUCAGGGUGAGCAGUUAUGGAAAUCCAAUCAAACCAUUGCUGGCGUUGUUGCUCACGGGGUUAUGAUCGAUACAGGUAACUUUGUUCUGGAAAACGAGAAGUCCGCAAAAUUAUGGGAGACGUUCAAGAAUCCUACUGAUACCAUGUUGCCUGGGCAAAUACUGGAAAGAGGAGGGAAGCUUUCUUCUCGAAAUUCAGAGACCGACUAUACGAGAGGUCACUUCCGGCUAGAUUUUCAAAAUAAUGGAAAUCUUGUGCUUCGUGGGCAAAGACCUUUUUAUUCAACUGCAACUACCAAUGGGAGUGUUCCAGGUAGUGCAGGUCUGCAGUUGGUUUUCAAUGACUCAGGUAACUUCUAUAUUCUGCGAGUGAAUGGUGGACAUUAUAAUUUCACAGCGGAGGAACAUGCAGCAAAGGACUACUAUCUCCGGACAACUCUCUGCUUUGAUGGGGUUUUGGCUCAAUAUUUCCUCCCAAAGACUUCUGUUGGCAAUAUAAGCUGGGUUCCUCUUUGGUCAGAGCCAUCAAAUAUUUGCCAAAAAAUCAAUGCUGAUUCAGGUCCUAGUGUUUGUGGGUACAACAGUAUCUGCACUUACAAAGCAGACAAGAUGCCCACCUGUGAAUGCCCGACCGGAUACUAUUUACUUGAUCCAAAUGAUCCAUACGGGAGCUGCUAUCCAACUUUCAAACAAGGCUGUGAAAAUGAGCCUAGUUAUGCACAAGAUCUGUACGAUGUUCAGGUGCUAGAAAAUACUGAUUGGCUUACCUCCAGUUUUAUGCAGUUCAAUGAUACUACUGCUGACACAUGCAGUCAAUCUUGCUUGCAAGAUUGUUCAUGUGCUGUUGCUGUUUACAGCAAUCAAACCUGUCAGAAAAAGAAGUUUCCACUCUCAUAUGGGAGAGAAGACAACAACUUGAAUGCAACAACCUUCAUCAAAUUGAUGACCGUUAAGAAGAAGAAGAGCGGAACCACUUUGGUACAUGGGGGAUCAGUUCUUCUGGGCAUCUCUGUCGUUGUUAUUUUUAUGUCAGGUACUGCAGUAUGCCUGGGACUUUUCUUCAGUUUCCGGAAGAAACAUGCAAGGUUUCCGCAAAAUGAUUUGGACACAAAUUUGCACUCUUUUAGUCACAAAGAGCUUGAAGAAGCAACAAAUGGAUUCAACGAAGAAUUAGGGAGGGGUUCUUUUGGAGUUGUUUACAAAGGGAUAAUAAAAAUUGGUUCGGGUGUCCAAGUGGCAGUGAAGAAGCUCAACUGUUGGAUACAAGAUGGUGAGAAGGAAUUCAAGACAGAACUGAACAUAAUUGGUCGGACACAUCACAAGAAUUUGGUUCACCUGGUUGGAUAUUGUGAUGAGGGACAAGAGCGGUUACUAGUAUAUGAGUUCUUGAGCAAUGGCACAUUAGCAAACUUUCUUUUUACUGAUACAAAACCCAGUUGGAGGCAAAGGAUUGAUAUUGCUUAUGGAGUUGCGAAAGGACUUCUGUACUUACAUGAAGAGUGCAGAACCCAGAUCAUCCAUUGUGACAUUAAGCCUCAGAACAUUCUUCUAGAUGAUUACUACAAUGCUCAGAUAGCUGACUUUGGAUUGGCAAAGCUUUUAAUGAUGAAUCAGAGCCAGACUCAAACUGCCAUAAGAGGAACAAAAGGGUAUGUUGCACCUGAGUGGUUCCGGAACAUGGCAAUCAGUACCAAAGUCGAUGUGUAUAGCUUUGGUGUGGUGCUGCUAGAGGUCAUUUGCUGCAGGAGUAGCGUUGAUAGGGAAAAUGUUUCCGAAGAGAGAGCCAUUUUAACAGAUUGGGUCUAUGACUGCUACCACGAUGGAGUCUUGGAUGCGAUUGUUGACAACGAAAUGGAGGCCUUGCAUGAGAAAACAAAGCUGGAACGGUUUGUCAUGGUUGCUCUUUGGUGUAUUCAAGAAGACCCUUCUCUUCGACCCACUAUGAGGAAGGUUGUGCAGAUGCUUGAAGGAGUAGUGGAUGUACAUGUUCCACCAUGUCCAUCACCUUUCAGCAGAGCAGGCUGAAACCGACUUUAUUUAGCAUUGUGAUCACUUCAAGAAGUAACUUUGUAGCUUUCCAUUUUUGUUAGUGUCUAUGGAUAAUUGAAUAUGUAUUAGUAAUAACUAAUAAGUCUGUUAGACGCGCAUAAUCUUGUUAGAAGCUGUAAGUUUUUUUUUUUUUUGAAAGAAGAAGCUGUAAGUUAUGAACUUAUGAUCUCGUUGGGAAUGAUCAAAGUCU